AGAAAAAGAAAUACUCAUAAACAGCGCCUAUAAAUUGCUACAUGCAUGCAAGAAGGAACAGGCAGUGCAAAACUCACAACACAUCUAAACUAAAAAUCAAGAACAAUGGCUUAUGCUAGGCUUGCUCCUAUGGCUGUCUUCUUGCUUGCCACUUCCACCAUAAUGUUCCCAACGAAGAUAGAAGCAGCAGAUUGUAAUGGUGCAUGUUCACCUUUCGAGAUGCCACCGUGCCGCUCACGUGAUUGUCGUUGUGUCCCUAUAGGACUAGUUGCUGGUUUCUGCAUACAUCCAACUGGACUUUCAUCUGUUGCGAAGAUGAUCGACGAACAUCCCAACUUAUGUCAAUCUGAUGAUGAAUGCAUGAAGAAAGGAAGUGGCAAUUUUUGCGCUCGUUACCCUAAUAAUUAUAUCGAUUAUGGAUGGUGUUUUGAUUCUGAUUCUGAAGCACUGAAAGGCUUCUUGGCCAUGCCUAGGGCAACCACCAAGUAAUAUGGUGGGUAUGCCAAAGUGGGCAUGCUUGAUGCAUCUUCUACUACUUAAAAAUAAAAGCUUAUGAUGCAUCUACUGCUUUAAACAAAAGAGUGCUCCACUACGCAACUUUUGUUUCCAACUUAUAGUUGGUUACGUUUUAUGUAAACUCAACCCAUGUAUGUUUUGGAGCAUUCCAGUUAAUAAAAAAUGUUUCUAUACA